AUGCUGCGGCAAGCCUCCAUCAAGUCAUUCUUCACGGCGAAGAGCGAUUGUUCUCCAUCUCCUCAGCCGGACUUGCAUGCCAACAGCACGUUGAACGCCAGCCAGGCUGACGUCGCGCCAUCGUCGAAAUCGUCAGGAUGCUCCCCGUCGCAGGUGAAGAAGUGUGCGACUCAAUCCUCCCUUCUCUCCCCGACAGCAAGCCGACGCUCCCCCGACACGGCCUCAUCGGAGGCCAAGACAGACAAAAAAUCAAAGAAGUGCACCGACGCACUCAUGGAACAGGGAACUUGUAAGCACCUCGAGCCCCUCCUGACAGAAGGAGAGCGCAUCCCCCCCGCCAUCGGAUGCCUGGUCAAGGUUUUGUUCGAUGAGGGCGACUGGUACCAAGGCAAAAUCACCCGCUAUGACAGAGCGUCACAGUUGUGGCACGUGCAAUUCGAGGAUGGCGACGAGGAUGAUGUAAGGAUCCCUUCGGAAGAUGUGAUGGUCCUGCAGCAAGCGGAGGAGAACGCUGAACGUGACGUGCCGAAGACGAGGAGAAGCACCAGAUCUUGCUCAACGAAAGCGAUGAGGGUCGAGAAGAAGUACACGUUCGAUCCCAGCAGCUCGGAAUCGGAAUCGGAUGAAAAGGAUAGGCAAACAAAGAGGAGGAGAAUCAGGAGGGUGGUAGAGAGCGAUAACUCAGAGGGUGAGGACAGAUCCUAUGAGGUCCCGCAAGCAAAUAGCAUGGAGGAAGAGGAGGAUUCUUCGUCAGAUGAAGAAACUGAAGCUCAGGAUGUGAGAAGCAGCGAGGCGGCCGACGAGAGCAUGGAGGUCGAAGACAGCCCGAAGAAAAAGCAACCGGUUGUCAACAAGAGCCAGACGAAAGGAAGCAGAACUUCCUCUGGUAGCGUUGGAAGUCUGAAAUCUUUGAUUCUCCCCGCCUCCAAAGCCUCGGGAAAAGAGAGGAGUGCUCCAACCGCUGGUAGCUCUCGAAGCAAGAAGCAGAUUGAUCUCUCUCCCUCCGAGGAAAGAAGGCUAGCUCGUGAAACAAAAUUCGAAGCGAUCAAUCAGGAACGUUACAAAUGGCUCGAGGAUGUGAAAGAUUCUAGUGGCAAGAGGCCUGGAGAGGACGGAUACGACCCUCGGACCCUCUACAUCCCAAGCUCGGCCUACUCCUCAUUCACUCAAUUCGAGAGACAGUUCUGGGACAUCAAGAGGGAGAACUUUGAUGUAGUGCUCUUCUUCAAGAAAGGGAAAUUCUACGAGAUGUUUGAGGGUGACGCCGACAUUGGGCACAAGCACUUGCACCUCAAGCUUACAGAUCGCGUGAAGAUGCGCAUGUGCGGCAUACCUGAAGGACAGUUCUCCACCUACGCCACGCGCCUCGUGGCAAGAGGCUUCAAGGUAGGCAGAGUCGAGCAGAUGGAGACGUUGAAUGCGAUGCAAAAGCGAGCGAAGAGCAAUGGGGUGAAGCAAGGGUCUCUGGUCUGUGAGAGAGAGCUCUGUCAGAUCCUCACUCAAGGCACUUUAGUCGAUGAGAGCAUGCUGAGCUCCCCGCAGGCAAACUACAUGCUGACCGUAAGUGUCGAGAGCCAAUCCAGCACUCACAUGGGCAUCUGCUUGCUCGAGGCUUCCACCGGAUAUUUUUACCUCGGCGAGGUUGAAGAUGAUGAGAUGCGAACUCAAUUCGAGACCGUCUUGCUGAAGGCGAAGCCAAAGGAAGUCGUCUACCCCAAGGGCUGUCUGAACAAAAUCUGCCUUAACAUGAUCCGAAGACAUCUCGACAAUCCCAUCCUGAACGCUUUGCAACCUGGUGAACAGUUCUGGGACCACCAGCGGACCGUCACUGAACUAGAGAACGGAUCGUACUUCUCUUCUCCCACUGAGGAUGUCGAUUCUUCUCAUGGAAACUCAAGCAAGGGGCUUCCUGAGCAGCUCAAUCAGAUGGUGUCGGAGAGAAAGGAGUCUGCAUUGUCGGCUCUCGGAGGGGCAGUGUGCUACCUGCGCUCUCUGAAGCUGGACAUGGAGCUCGUCUCCAUGAAGAACUUCCGGCCCCUCCAGGAGUUCGAUGGCUCCAGCAAGUCUUCUCUCAUCAUCGAUGGGCAGACCCUGUGCAACCUCGAGGUCAUCGAGAACUGCAGCGGAGGGACGGAGGGAACGCUGCUGAAGUUCUUGGAUCGCUGCUCCACCGCCUUCGGGAAGCGGAAGUUCCGCAACUGGGUCUGCUCGCCACUGCAGGACGUCAGCGCCAUCAACCUGCGGCUCGAUGCUGCUGAGUUCUUCUCCUCUUCAUCCGUGAGGAAGGAAAUUCAGGCGAAGCUGAAGAAGCUGCCGGAUGUGGAGAGGCACCUGUCGAGGGUGCACAUGCAUGGGACUGCACGGAAGCAAGGAGUCAUGUUCGACGACACUUCCGCCCGCAAGCUCCGCCUCUUCCUCCAGCUGCUCGAAUCCUUGGACGUCGUGUGCGAGAUCGCUGAGCUUGUGCAGGGCCUCAAGGAGGACGGGGAUGAGAGCGGGUCACGGGCUGCUCCCCGUCUGCCCCACGUCGACUUCCCGCAGGAUCUCCGAGGGACAUUGUCGAAGUUCAAGGGAUCUUACGGCGAUCUCCGCAAGGCGAUGGAGGACGGGUUCAUCACCCCCGAGAGUGGGGUCUAUCAAGAUUACGACAAGGCCAUGGACCGACUGAAGGGGAUCGAGAAAUUCUUCGAGGACGAGCUGCUGGUUCGCCCCGUCUCACUUUAUCUGGUUCCCUCUAACGGCAAGUCCCAGGGGUGGAAAAAGAAGCUCGGGGAGCCCUCGUUGAGAUUCUGGCACCCGGCAGCGGGGCGAGAGCCGUACCAGAUCGAAUUCCCCUCCAGCUUCUUCGAGGAGAGGAACAAGAAGCUGUCCAAUGACUUCGAGUUGAAGUCGCAAACCAGCAAGGUGAAGAGAUAUUGGACGGACUCCAUCAGAGAGAAGGUGUCGGAGCUCGUCGAUGCCAGGGAGACCUUGGACGAGAUAAGGUCGGGGAUGUCGAGGAGGAUGCAAAUUGACUUCGACUCAAACUACAACGUGUGGUCUCAGGCGGUGGAAGCCUGCGCGCAUCUGGACUGUCUGAUCAGCCUGAGCUACACGUGCGAGGAGGAGCUGCGGGACUGUCGCCAUCCGUGCAUCAGCGCCAUGGCGCGACAGACUUUCGUCCCCAACGAUGUUGUGCUCGGAGCAGUAGCCUGCUCCGACGGAUUCCAGAGGGCGUGUGUUGUGACGGGGCCGAACAUGGGGGGGAAGUCGACGCUGCUUCGACAGACGUGCAUCGCGGUCAUCAUGGCGCAGGUUCUGCCUCCUCUUGCCCUCCCUCCCCCUCCUGACCGUAGGGCAAAGAUGGGAGCGUACGUGCCGGCUGCUUGCUGCAGGAUGCGACCGGUCGACAGGAUCUUCACGAGGAUCGGAGCCAGCGAUCGCAUCAUGGCGGGACAGUCGACGUUCAUGGUCGAGCUGAGUGAAACCUCUAUCAUCCUCCAGAACGCCACAUCGAGGUCUCUCGUCAUCCUUGACGAGCUCGGGAGAGGAACGAGCACCUUUGACGGCUACGCCAUCGCCUACUCCGUCCUCUGCCACCUCGUCAAACAGAACCGUCCUCUCCUGCUCUUCUCUACUCACUACAAGAGCAUCACCGAUGAGUUCCGAGCAAGCAAGGACGUGAGUUUGUGUCACAUGGAUUGCUUGGUCGACGAAGGGAGCCAGACCGUCACCUUCCUCUACAAGUUCAAGAGGGGUGUCGCCAGUGACAGCUACGGGCUCCACUGUGCAAAAGCAGCAGGUCUGCCGCAGGCAGUGAUCGCUCGAGCUCAAGCCUGCAAGUCCAGCCUGGAGACCCGCGGGAGCCUUCGAGGACUACGGCAGCUCUCCCUCUUCAAGUCGGUCAUCGAGCUCGCGGACAACCAAGAGCUGCCGCGACAUCUCGACCUGGAGGAGCUUGUGGGAGACGUGAAGGAAUCUCUUGGAUAG